AUGAAGCUCUCUGGUGCUCUUUUCCUGACACUAUUGUCUCUGUCCCAGCAGACGGCAAAUGGUUUCAAUACAAUGUCUUCCACCAAGAUCGGCGUCCGCAAAACUAGUCUUUUCGUGGCAACGGAAAAGGAAAUUGAAACGAAAGAGGGCCUCACGGAAGAAGAAGAGGAGAUGCUAUUUGGAGACUUGAAGGAAUCGCAUCCAGACUAUCCAUUGAGACACCGAAAGAAGGAUCGAUCGGGCAACAUCUUGCCCGACAAAUCUCUACCCCUCAACCCAUUGGAUCAUUCAACUUCCAAUCCUACCAUCAACAAGUUACAGACCAUGCGAGAAAUGUUGGAGACCUGCCCUCAGUUAUGGUCGGAAUUGGCCCAAAUUACUCCUUCCCAGACCGCCAUUGUCGACGAUCACUUGUGCGAUGAAAAGGUCAAUUUGUCAUUUAAAGAAAUGGACGAAAUCAUCCGUACGAGUGCGGCUGUUUUUCAAUCCUUGGGAGUGCAAAAGGGAGUCAACGUCGCCGUCUUGGGAGAGAAUUCCGCCAAGUGGCUCAUGAUCGAUCACGGAAUUCAACUGGCGGGAGGCGCUUCGGCGGUGCGAGGAGCCGAUGCUCCCAUGGACGAAUUGAGAUACAUUUACGAACACAGUGACUCGGCGGGAAUUGCUGUCCUGCAAGGACCCCGACUGUUGGAAAAGCUAUACAAGGAUGCCAAGAACAAGGGGCUUUCGGGAUUGGGAUUGAGCAACGAAUCUUUCGGAACGGUGAAGAGCGUGGUGUUGAUGCACAAGGAGAAGAAGACAAGCGACGACAUUGCAACGUUGUCGGCGGAACUAGGAAUUGAAAUUAGCUUUUUCUCGGAUUUGCUGGACAAAACUGGUCUGCCAGAACUGUCGUCAUUUCCGAAAGUGUCCAAACCGGAUCUGGCAACCAUUGUCUACACAUCUGGAACGACUGGAAGCCCCAAGGGUGUCAUGUUGACUCAUGGCAAUCUACUUCAUCAGAUUUCACAUCGCCUCGCUCCCACCAAGCCAUACGAAGAGGGUGAACCACUUCCUGGCGAAAGCAUGGUGUCGCUCUUGCCAGUUUGGCACAUUACCGAACGAACCUUUGAAUUGUGGAUGUUGACACGAUCUUGCAAGGUUGUAUACUCCAGCAUCCGAACAUUUAAGAAUGAUAUGGCCAAGCACAAGCCUGAAUGGCUGGUCUUGGUGCCCCGUGUUCUGGAAAAGAUCGCAUCCGGUGUCCAAGACAAGUUUACUUCGGGCAGUGCUGCUGUGAAGGCACUAUCCAAGACCUUUACCAAAACUGGAGCUCUACGUGCCAAGCACACCAAGAUAGCCAAGGGUCUGGUCGUGGCUGAUGAAGCUCCUGGUCCUCUUGAACGGAUCGCGAGUAAAGCUAUUUUGAAAAGUUUGGCUCCCAUCAAUGCCGUCGGCGAUAAGCUCGUUUGGUCGAAAGUCAAGGAUGGCUUUGGUGGAAACCUAAAGACGAUUAUUUCUGGUGGAUCUGCUCUGGCCGGGUCCUUGGAAUCCUUUUAUGAGACUGCUGGGUUUAACGUUUUAGUAGGCUAUGGUUUGACGGAAUGCAGUCCGUUGUUGGCAUACCGACGAUCUGAUCAAAACAUGGUCACAGCUGGAUGCUGCGGCAAACCCUGUUUGGAUAGUGAAGUUCGCGUCGUCGAUCCCGAAAGCAAGGCUACCAACCAAUCGGAUCGCCGCUCCUUGCCCAUUGGAGAAAUUGGUGUCGUGAUUGGACGAGGUCCUCAAGUUAUGAAGGGAUACUACAAGAAUCCUGAAGCAACUGCCAAGGCAAUUGAUCAAUACGGAUGGUUUGAUACCGGAGAUCUUGGCCGUGUGAAUCCAGCUACCGGUGAUCUCAUUCUAACCGGGCGUGCCAAGGAUACUAUUGUCUUGUCCAAUGGAGAGAACAUUGAGCCACAACCUUUGGAAGAUGCCAUUCUUGGCGGAUCAGACUUGAUUGAACAAGUCAUGUUGACGGGUCAAGACGGAAGACGACUGAUCUCCAUAGCAGUUCUAAGCCCUAAUGAAUUGUUCAAGGCUGGGUACUUGACCAAGGAUCAAGCUGACAAAUUCCAAGCAGCCAAUGAAGCCGUCAAUGACCCCAAGUGCACUGAAGCUAGCUGCGAGGAAAACCUCGAGAUUCUUCGAGAGGGAACCGACGCAUUGCGAGCGAAUGCCGAUUUGAAAAAGACACUGGUCGCCAGUGUCAAGCAAGCUACCUCGAAUGGCUUCAGAGCAUGGGAACGAGUAGACGCUGCCCACAUUACACUGGAACCAUUCGCAAUGGCCAACGGCCAACUGACGCAAAGUUACAAGGUGAAGCGGGCGUCUGUGAUGGAUCGUUAUGGUGACGAGUUGUAG